CUUCUUCCUCCUCCUUCCUUCUCUGAAUAGAGAGAGAGAGAUCAGAGAACGAAGGGGGAAAAAUUGAUUAAAAAAAAACCAGAAGAAAAGGAUCGUAAAAAUCGGAGAGAGAGAGAGAGAGAGAUCUGAUUGAUCUGUGUGUGUGGGGGUUGGAAUGAUGUACGUGAGAGCGUUGCCGACGACGGACGUGAACCGGAACACGGAGUGGUUCACGUAUCCAGGGGUGUGGACGACUUACAUCCUCAUCCUCUUCUUCUCAUGGCUCCUCGUUCUAUCCAUCUUCAAUUGCUCCCCUGGCAUGGCCUGGACCAUCGUCCACCUCGCCCAUUUCGCCGCAACGUAUCAUUUGUUUCACUGGAAGAAGGGAACGCCGUUUGGGGAUGAUCAGGGGAUCUACAAUAGGCUGACUUGGUGGGAACAGAUUGACAACGGCAAGCAACUCACUCGCAAUCGCAAGUUCCUCACUCUUGUUCCCGUUGUCUUGUACUUGAUAGCAUCGCACACGACAGACUAUCAGAAUCCCAUGCUGUUUCUGAACACGCUUGCUGUAUUUAUAAUGGUGGUUGCAAAGUUCCCGCACAUGCACAAGGUUCGCAUCUUUGGAAUCAAUGCAGACCAGUGAAAAGCACCAAAUGAGAUAUGUUGUGGUAAAUCAAUAUCUGAUCAUGAGGCCUUGAAAUGGAAAUACAUAUGCCACUUUUGUCUUCUUCUUCUUCUCUUUAGAUUUUUUUUUCUUUUACUUAUUUAUGUAAAAACCAAAUAAGUCAUUCAAGAGUGGGUUUGUAAGUCUGAACCCGUGGUUUAGUGAUUUUUUUUCAAAAAUCAUAUACUAAUACUAAUAUACAUGAUAUACAGUCGACAUAGUCA